GGAAAUGGGAGGAGUACGACAUCGCUGAGCUGUGGUAAAUCUCAUUGUGUGUUCAUAACUGGAAAGGCCAUGAAGAUGAGCUUGGCAUGCAUCCUCCUUUUCAUUCAGCUCUCUGAAGCCCAUGCAGAGUUGAUCUUUCGGCAGCAGGCGGAGAGCCAGUCCCUGGAGCUCACCUGCUCCCCUCAGCUGCAGCGCGGCGCUCUGACUGGCCUCCACCUGUACCACCGCGGCGCCCGCGGCCAGACGACCCUGCUGUCCAUGGCCGAGGGCGCCGGGCCGAGGCUCGACCGGGGACACGGGGGCCGCCUCAGGCUCGCUGGCGGCCUGCACAGCCGGCAGGUCAAUGUGACCGUGGCCCUCUUACGGCCCAGCGACACGGGCCUCUACGUGUGGGAGCUGAGCUACGGAGCGGAGAACCGCUCUGAGAACGAUGCCCUCGGCCCUCCCACGGUGUUCUUGUUGGUUGAAGGCGCAGGGGUGUCAUGUCGGUGCUCAGCCAGAUAUCCUCUUCUGCUCCUCAUCAUGUUCACGCUAACGGGGCUUCUUCUGCUCACACUCAGCCUGCUGGCCAUAGAGAAAUGUUUGCAGGUGAAGUCCCGGCGUGAUCCCAGACCACAACUCCCCGUUCCUAUCUACGAGGAAAUGACUUGCAAGCAGCAGAAUCCGGUGGCCCCCAAAAAUAACCCGGAGGCCCGCCCCCACCUGGAGGAAGUCAACUUUCCUGUGUACGCCAACCCAAACAUCCGGGAGCCACAGGACAACUACUACGCCUGUCCCAGGCAGCUCGCCCUCAGAGCCUGAGGGGACGCAGUGGAGCAACCGUCAACGCACGAGGGGGACACUCAUACAGGACAUAGAAAUAUGUUUUGAUUUUAGUGAAGGAAAAAUAACAAACACUCAAUGGCUCAUUUUUAACAGCCAAGAAAAAAAUGCUAUUUUAUUAAUAUUUCAAAGAAGCUCCAUAGUUCAUGAAAACAUUUGUUUUGGUGCAUGUCAUUUAACAAUCACAUUCUAUGAGGAAAAAGAGAUAUACAGAGAGAAAAAAAUAAAACAUUACAAGCCACUGACUUUUCAUUAAAUCUCAGUACAGACAUUUUUACUUAAUAUUCCAAAGAAAAAAGGCAAAAAAAAGAGAAAAAAAGCAGCCCUAAUCCAACACCCCCCCCCCUCCCCCACACCCCAAAAAAACAAAAACCUUGAGGGUGACAGGCUAGAAUCCCACAGUGCUAACGAGUGAGACGCUCAUUGGUUUUAGGAAUACACAGCAUGGCGAUGUAGCGCUAUAGGUCAAUCUGAAUCGGGAGAAGGAAGCUGGAGGCAGAGAGCUAUACAUGAAUCAACUCCCCCAGCGCACCCUUUCAAAAUAAAAUAAAAAACACAUUGGAUCCCCCCCAAAAAACCAGCAACAGAUCAGCCACUUAGAAGUAGACCAUAAAAUCCCCCCCCCC